CCCAAAUGGAACAGAUGCGUGUAUUGUGUGUUUUCUUCAUACAGGCUCUCGUCUUGCUGGGUUUUGUCAGAGUCGUGCAGAUAUUAAUGAUGAAUGAAUUCUGGUUACAUUAGCUGUACUAUGAUUGCUCAGUUCUCUCCGUAAAAGCGGCACUUAAACAGAUUGAAAUCUGACAGUUGGUUUCCUUGUGUUCAUGUUUGCUCAGGGUUCACUUCUUGAGUGAACACUGAGCAAACUGGCAGCUCUAACUGCCUCUGGGAACAGCUCGUUGAUAGAAGAAAAGCAGCAGCAGAGGUGGAGCUCGUCCUCAGAUAUACCAUCCCCCAGCCGCAGCAGAGUGUCGAUGAUGGUCGACAGUCACCAGUGCACAUCUGGUUAAAACCUCCACCCACACGACACAACAUGAACAUCUCCAUCCUCUCUGUCCUGCUCGGACUGGGAGGGAAAUGUCUGCUCAACUGGGCCCUGGUGUUUCUCCAGAGGAGCCACAUCUGCAGGAGCUUUGUGGGAGUUUUCAGCGUGUCCCUGUCCGUCGUGGACACGGCCGUGACCCUCAUCUUCGCCGCCAUUCACAUCCACACUGAUGGCCUCCUCUUCCUCUUGGACUGGCAGCUGACCAGAUACCACACGUGUUUGCUGGUUCAAAUCCUGGGACAGGUCUACAGCCUCCUGCAGUGGCCCGUUGUGCUAGUGGCCGGUUUGGACCAUUUCUGCACCGUUUCCCUGCCAGCGGCCUCCUCGGGGGUGAAAGGGAUCAUCCACCCGCUUGUGACCGUCCUCCUGUGGAGCCUCACUGUUCUCUACGUCUUCCUGCUGUCAGACUUCGAUCCUGCCCUGGAGGACGUGUCUCUCCACCAAAUGAACCAGUGCUGGGUUUUCCACACCACUCAGAUCCUGCAGGUUGUCACACUGCUCUCCUUGACUCUGGCCUGCUCUGUGCUUCAUGCUGUUUGCAGCUCUACAUUAUUAGAAAACCCUCCUGAGAAGAACCAAAUUACAAACCAGAGCAGAACUCGCCCCAGGAGAACCAUUGCUUGCCAGGUCCUGAGUAUAUUUCUGAGCACAUGGGCCCCUCUGCUGAUCUUUCUGGCCGGGCUCCUCCUGCUACCCGUGGGAAUACCCUCAUACCUGGGUCUGAACGUUGCCUGGCUCUGCUUCCUCAACAGCUUUCUGAUCACACUGGUUCUGUGUGUAGCCGUUCCAGCCCCGCGGCUCGCACAGGGCUUGGCAGCCGUUCCCGCUGACAGCUUCUGUGAGUGGAGGAUUCAAUUUAACUUGGCUGCAGAGGACAGAACAUGACGGCACUCGUAUAUUUAAUGUAGGACACUAGUUAGAAGAAACGAAAUUAGAGGAUGGAACCUGAAAUGUGAGAAAAUAUGUUGUUUGUGGAGAAGGAGUCAUGUGAUGCUGUCAGUCAGUCCAACACUUAUAGACUCAAAUGUCUCAACCACUAUUGCAGGGAUUUCUAUCAAAUCUUAAGAGAAUUAAUGAGAUAUGGAUUUCGGGACCAAAGGAAAAUUCCUAUUACAAUAUAUUGCCUAUAUGUUAACAUAAACCUCAUUUUAUUGAGCCUAUUAUCAGUUGCUGUUUGCUUUGUACCAUUGAAUGGACCGACACUGUCCCUGUAUCACUUUGAUACUGAAGACGUUUUAAGAAUGUGGUGAUUCUCAAGUAGUUUCAGACCGUGUGUUUAAUUUCCUAAUUUGUAAGCAGGUUUUUUUUUUUUGCAUAGGCAUCAGAGAUAAUGAUAUUCUCAGAAUGUGUUAAUCACUCUGAUGCUGCACAAAACUGGAUUUAACAUAAACCUCAAUGUUAUAAACAGUUCAGGAUGAUUUUUUGAUAUAGAUGUUUCAAUUUUUUAAGCUUUUUAAUGAAAUAAAUUGAAUUUGUUGAUCAACUAA